CGUUUAUGAUCUAGAAAGGUGAUAGAAACAACACGCAGAUUUCAGCUGAGUGAGGCGUUGCAUGUGGUGUGGGCACUAGAUCUGUACAAAGACUGAGGUGCUUUCCUCGAGCCUGGCCUUCAGCAGACACAGACGCAGGCAUUGCAGGCUGGAAGAAGCACUGUUUCUGCUGUCAUGACAACUAUGCAAGGAAUAGAACAGACAACCACAAAUGUGACCCCUGAAGGUGCUCAGACUUCGGAGGGGUCUGUUGUAAGGUCACAGCUGUGGAAAGAGAACGCAGAGAAAUUCUUGAAGGGGGAACCCAAAGUCCUCGGGGUUGUACAAAUUAUGAUUGCUCUCAUAAAUCUCAGCUUGGGUAUGAUAAUGAUGAAUACAACACCAAUACGUUUUCCCCCAUUAUCAGUGUACACAUGGGCCCCAGUUUGGGGUCCAAUCAUGUUCCUACUCUCAGGAUCCUUAUCAAUUGCAGCAGCAGUGAGAACUACAGAGAGUCUGGUCACCAGCAGUCUAAGUUUGAACACCAUUAGCUCUGUGGUGGCUGCAGCAACGAGUAUAAUCAGUGUCUUCAGUGUGACUAUAGAUGCAUUUGAGAAAUUUGGGGAAAUUUUUGUGGGUAUAGAUGCUUUGAUGCUCAUUUUAAAUAUGCUAGAAUUCUGCAUUGCUGUGUCCAUCUCUGCUUUUGGAUGUAAAGCAUCUUGUUGUAGCUCCAUUGAGGUUGUUGUAAUUCUACCACCAAAUCCUGCUGAAUCGGCACCAGUGCCUCCCAUGCUACUUCGACCAUUGGUGCCACCAGUAUACCAAGAAAAAAAUGUUCCAGAAAAUCUCUGUCAGAAUCCCACUGGUGAAAGAUUCCAAUUCUAAUUGUGUGUGUGUGUGUGUGUGUGUGUGUGUGUGUGUUCUCAUUGCUAGUUUCCCUGGGAAAUUAACAGUUCGCUGCCCUGGUUUUUGGUGGGAAUAUCAGAUCUGCUGUAAAUAAACAAACCCAAGCAUUUACUAAGCCAACAA